GGUCUGUAAUUGCCAGGGCAGCCCCUCCACCCCUGGAGGCCUUGGAGGUGACCUGGCGCCCCUCAGAGCCCCUUCAGGGCUGUGGCCCCAAGCAAAGGCUGGAUCCGCUGCAGCCACUGCCCUAGUCCUGGGGAAGCCAUUUAGGAAUCUGAAGCCUUGGAUCUCUGCUCUGUAGCUUCAGGAAUUCCAGAGCCUGUUAGAGAAAAAUUCAGGGAGAGGCCCAGGAAAGGUAAAGGGGAGACCAACAGCCUAUUUCAAGAGGUCCCAGAGCAGGUGGUUCACGUGGAUAUUUUCCUUUCUGCGUCUGUCGGGAAAACCUCUCUCUCUUUCCAAAUCCAGUCCCGCACUCUCUCCCUUCCCUUCUCCUCACCUUCUCCCCGUCCCUCUCUCUCUAAGCACUUGCUGGGAACCAGCUGAGCACGUCUUUUACCAAAUCUGCUUUGCUUCUGGAGGAGCCGUUUUCUCCCUCCUGUAUCUGAGCCUAUGUUCUGGGGAUGGCCUGGGAGUCUGGAGCAUCCUCCUGAGGGGGGAGCUGGUACCCGGCGGCAUCUCUUAAGAUGAACCAUCCAGCCACAUCCCUGGGACGCUGCAGAAUGGCAUAGAGGAGGCGUUUUAAGCAGACGGGAGCUAGGCGUGCUGCAGGACCCUGACGACCAGGCACUGGCAGGAGUGCGUGAAGGGGGUCUCUGUUCCCGACGGAGGGGAUCAUGGCCUCCAUGCUGCUCACCCGGCGGCUGGCCUGCAGAUUCCAACACAGCUACCACCUGCUUGUGCCCGGAUCUAGACAGAUCAGUCAGGCUGCAGCCAAAGUCGACGUUGAAUUUGAUUAUGACGGGCCUUUGAUGAAGACGGAAGUCCCAGGGCCUCGAUCUCGGGAGUUAAUGAAACAGCUAAAUAUAAUUCAGAAUGCAGAGGCCGUGCACUUUUUCUGCAAUUAUGAAGAGAGCCGAGGCAAUUACCUGGUAGAUGUGGAUGGCAACCGGAUGUUGGAUCUUUAUUCCCAGAUCUCCUCGGUCCCCAUAGGUUACAGCCAUCCCGCUCUCAUGAAACUCGUCCAACAGCCUCAAAAUGUGAGCACAUUCAUCAACAGACCUGCCCUCGGAAUCCUUCCUCCAGAGAACUUUGUGGAGAAGCUCCGGGAGUCCCUGCUCUCGGUGGCUCCUAAAGGAAUGUCCCAGCUCAUCACCAUGGCCUGCGGCUCCUGCUCCAAUGAAAACGCCUUCAAGACCAUCUUCAUGUGGUAUCGGAGCAAGGAAAGGGGCCAGUCAGGUUUCUCCAAGGAGGAGCUGGAGACGUGCAUGAUUAACCAGGCCCCCGGGUGCCCUGACUACAGCAUCCUCUCCUUCAUGGGCGCGUUCCACGGGAGGACCAUGGGUUGCUUAGCGACCACGCACUCCAAAGCCAUUCACAAGAUUGACAUCCCUUCCUUCGACUGGCCCAUCGCACCAUUCCCCCAGCUGAAGUAUCCCCUGGAAGAGUUUGUGAAGGAGAACCAGCAGGAAGAGGCCCGCUGUCUAGAAGAGGUGGAGGACCUGAUCGUGAAGUACCGGAAGAAGAAGAAGACAGUGGCUGGGAUCAUCGUGGAGCCCAUCCAGUCAGAGGGCGGAGACAACCAUGCGUCAGACGACUUCUUCCGGAAGCUGAGAGACAUCUCCAGGAAGCACGGCUGCGCCUUCUUGGUGGAUGAGGUCCAGACAGGAGGGGGCUGCACCGGCAAGUUCUGGGCCCACGAGCACUGGGGCUUGGAUGACCCGGCAGACGUGAUGACCUUCAGCAAGAAGAUGAUGACUGGGGGCUUCUUCCACAAGGAGGAGUUCAGGCCCAACGCUCCUUACCGGAUCUUCAACACGUGGCUGGGGGACCCAUCCAAGAACCUGCUGCUGGCCGAGGUCAUCAACAUUAUCAAGCGGGAGGACCUUCUGAACAACGCCGCGCAUGCCGGGAAGGCCCUGCUCGUGGGCCUGCUGGACCUCCAGGCCCGGUACCCCCAGUUCAUCAGCAGAGUGAGAGGACGAGGCACCUUCUGCUCCUUCGACACUCCAGACGAAUCCAUACGGAAUAAACUCAUUUCAAUAGCUAGAAACAAAGGCGUGAUGCUGGGGGGCUGCGGCGACAAGUCCAUCCGUUUCCGUCCCACUCUGGUCUUCAGGGAUCACCAUGCACACCUGUUCCUCAAUAUUUUCAGCGACAUCUUAGCCGACUUCAAGUAAAGAAGCCGUUUCCACUACGCUCUGAGAAAGCCCCGAUCUCAACAGUCGUCAAAUUGAUUAGUUUGCCUACUUCAUGUUUUCACUUAAAGUAUCAGAGGUGACUGCAUCAGCUGGGGGGUUAUUUGUUGGGAGGGGAUGUUUUUGGUGGCUUGGGGGGAGGGGAGGCAGGAGGGGCUGGUUUGGGUUUCCCUCCCUGCAGAGCCAAUGGUACACAUUGGUUUAAGCUCAGACAUUCUACUUGAGCCCUGGACAUAGUCUUAGGAUGGGCCCUGGGGGUCCUGGCCAUGUAUCUGCCGACAGUAUCUUUGGAAACCGGUCAAGGGAAUGACACCUGCUCCUGGGACUGGUGUGGGACUCCCGAAUUCUGGUCCCUCUCAAGUGAUACAUUCUGUGAGGGGAGGGUGUGGACUCCCCUCGCCCUGUGCAAAGACAUGACUCACCCUCUCCCCCAGGCCCUGGAGCUCUGAGCACGUUCCACGCACAGCCCAGAGAUGGGCAGGACAGAGCAUGUGCAGGACAGUAGGGACGCUGGGGUUGAGCUUGGGGGUGUGGAAAGUAUAAGAGGAUACAUGUGCAAGGGAGUGUGGUCUCCUAGCCACUCUCUCCGUGCCUCUGGGGAUUCCUCCAUAAACUGUGAAUUCUCUCCUCGAUGGGGCUUCGUCCUGGGAGAAUCUCUGGGUGGCAUCACUGGCAGGUCUUACUUGCUGUCCUUCGUUCCCCAAACUCUCUCCCUCCUAUUAAACACUUCCUUGGUGGAAGGAAAGCUGUGGCCCCAUCAUCCACGGGGACGCAUGUGAACCGAAGGGUCAGAACCAUGCCUGUGACCCGGGAGUGUCAGCCCAGGCCUGGGGUGGCAGAGCCCCAUCCCCCUGCCCCGUGGCAUCCGGGGUCUGAAUUUGGACCCCUCCCCUGGGGGGACCCUUUCUCUAGCUUUAGCUCAUCCACCUUUGCUCCACUUCUGAGCAGCCCCAGGAGCAGCUCUGCUGCUCCGUCAGACGGAGUCGGUUGCUGACCUAGGUCUCUUGAGGGAAGCAUCAAGAAUUAAAGGCGCCAGAGCGCCAAGCAGGAAAAAUAGCCUGUUGGUGCCAGGUGGUCUGCUUGUCCUUGCCCCGCCAAGGUAGAGAUUUUCCUGUGUGAAUGAGCAGAUGAUGCUGAGAGGCUUAAUUGGAGUAUGGCUGAGGUGAAGCGAUCUCUGCCGGAGAUGAGACAAUUUUGGAACUGAUUUGACUUCGGGUGCUCCUAAAAAGAGCACAUGGUGGUCCCAGAGCGAUGAGGUACUGCUUGCAGAGAAAGGAGGGAGAUCUGGCUGGUGUCCUCUGUCCAAAAGGAAGCCACUUCAUCUCCUGGUGCCUUGGUUGACUGUUUUGGGCCAAUCAAGAUUCUCGAUUCAGCACUUUUUCUCCUUUAAUAAUGAAUCAUCCAAAGAUCUCCAGGUGGGUUGGUUUUUUCCGUUUCCACUCUUCAGCAGACUUGGUCAUCAACCUUUUUUUUUUUUUUUUCUGGCCAAGAAUGAAAGGCACUUUCAUGGUUAUAGACAUGGACAGAUCCAUGAAUCCUGGUUCACUCUGUAUCCCUGCAGACAGUGCUCAUCUGUUGCUUUUCAGGAGUUCUGCCGGGUCCUAGGGCAUUUGCACUGCCAACUACAUGGCCCCUCCCUCCCUCUGCAAGGGUUUCACUCAUGUAUAUAUUUGUUUAUUUCUCCAACCAUUCAUUCAUGAAACUUAGAUUAAAUACCUGCUCUGUCCCAGGCCCGUGCUGAGCACUAGAAAUCCAAAGGUGAAAUAAAACCUAGUCCGUGCUCUCAAGGGACUCACAUCCCAUUGGACACAAGAGACUCUUAAACUAACAAUUAAAAAGCAGAAUGGCAAGGAUCAUAAAUGCGGUAUGUGUAGAAACAUCAGGAACUCAGACGGAGUGCCCCAACCCACCUAAGGGUCAGAGGAGAUUCCAAGAAGAAACUAACAUUUGAGCAGGGUUUUGCAGGAUGAACAAGAGUUCACCAAGCAGACAAGGCAAGGAAGUGUGUUGCAGAAAUGGAACAGCAUAUGCAAAGACACAUCAGUUCAUGGUCUCACACCUUUCACUGGGGAUCCAGAUUCCACAGGCAAUAUCCCAAAAUCCAAGGCCUUAUUUAACAAGCAAAAUGCAAACCAAACUGUAAUUCAUAUAUUGGCGUACGGAUGCUUUCUGCUGAGGAUUUUAGCAUUGGGUGCAAACAUACAGUGAGGUUCCUGGAGUCCAAAAGGUUUUUAAGCCAGGGCACAACCAGAAAUGUGGCUCUCUUUGGUGGAGAGAGUGGCUCCAAUAUUUUGUUCUCUGCUCACGGGACAUUGACAGAGAAAUGAAAUCUGUUUUAUCUGGAAAGUCGUUUCCAGGCGUAUUCACUCCUUACCAAGGGAAGUUACUUCUCGUAAAACUUUUUAAGCCAUUAAUCAGCAAAUCCUUGUUGAAUCAGGGCAUAAUGAAUUCCUGAGACAUCCUCUUUUAGGGGUAAGGGUGUAGCUGGAAGAAUUUCAAGGAAAAGGAUUCUUGGUGGCGCCCAAGAUGGUAGAAACUUGGAAGAGGCUGGGGAAAACACAGGGAGUCCCGCGGACAGGCCGCCAGCUCGGGCAGAGCCCAUCCCGAAGAGCAUCUGUGGCCGAUGGUCCAGAAAUGAACCCAUCACUCAUUAGUGCCAUAGAGUUUAGGAAAUGUCACUAGCAAGUCUCAUCACAUUUACAGAAAACAAGGUCCAGUGAUAGCAAACCUUCAUGCAUCCUCACUUUUAUUAUAAAUGGUUUUUUUUUAUAAUUUUUACUGACACUCAGUAACCGUGCAAAAUUGUGCACAUUAACAUGUCUAUUAUCUAUAACCUAUCUCUGUCUAUAUAUGUAUAUAUAUAUCAGCUCAUGGUAGAAAACCAUUACUUGGGAGCCCUGCCGACGUGCGCAUACAAAGUGAUCUUGUUUACAGUAUUCUGUUGACAGUGCCAAUAAAUGAUAAAUUAACCCAUCGCAAUGUAACUGAUGACCAUAUGCACAAUUCCAUGAAUUCAGUAUGUUUUCCUGUGUUAAUCAGUAUUCUUAAAUUAAAAUAUUUAUAAUGGAAA